GAUGUUAAAUAACUUGCCCAAGGCUAUCCGGCUGGUAAGCAUCAAGACCCAAACCGGAAAUCAAAAGGCACUGAGUCUAAGUCUGGUGGCUGCCUCACACACAGUUCCUGCUACCACUACACCACCAUGGACUUCUUGAUGAGUGGCCUGGCAGCCUGCGGGGCCUGUUUGUUUACCAACCCCCUGGAGGUGGUGAAGACCAGGAUGCAGUUGCAGGGAGAACUGCAGGCUCCUGGAACCUACCAGCGGCACUACCGAAACGUCUUCCAUGCCUUCAUUACCAUCAGCAAGGUGGAUGGCCUGGCUGCCCUGCAGAAGGGCCUGGCCCCUGCCCUCUUAUACCAGUUCCUGAUGAAUGGCAUCCGGCUGGGCACCUACGGGCUGGCUGAGGCUGGGGGCUACCUGCACACAGCUGAAGGCACCCUCAGCCCUGUCCGAAGCGCAGCAGCUGGGGCCCUGGCUGGGGUCUCGGGAGCCUACUUGGGGAGCCCCAUCUACAUGGUGAAGACACACCUACAGGCACAGGCAGCCUCAGAAAUUGCUGUGGGACACCAGUAUAAGCAUCAGGGCAUGUUUCAUGCACUAAUCGAGAUUGGCCAGAAACAUGGUCUGGUGGGCUUGUGGCGUGGGGCCCUGGGAAGCCUGCCCCGAGUUAUCGUCGGUUCCUCCACCCAGCUGUGCACCUUCUCGUCCACCAAGGACCUCAUGACCCAGUGGGAGAUAUUUCCUCCCCAGAGCUGGACGGUGGCUCUGGCGGCCGCCAUGGUGAGUGGCAUUGCAGUGGUCCUGGCCAUGACCCCCUUUGAUGUGGCCAGCACAAGGCUCUACAACCAGCCCACAGACACUCAAGGCAAGGGCCUCAUGUACCGGGGGAUUCUGGACGCUCUGCUGCAGACAGCUCGGACAGAGGGCAUUUUUGGCAUGUACAAGGGUAUAGGUGCCUCCUACUUCCGCCUUGGCCCCCACACCAUCCUCUCCCUCUUCUUCUGGGACCAGCUGCGUACCCUCUACUACACAUACACCAAAUAACAGCCACUCCCACAUUCCACCAAAUCAGCACUCCUUGGACACUUCUGCCUUCAUUAUUGUGUCCUGGUGACUUCUGACCAGGUAACCUUCCAUCCAUCCGAGGGGACAGCCAACUGCACUCCCCAUCUGUUUUCUCAGGGUUGAAUCAGUACAAGGGAUAGAGUUUCCCUCCCUUCCUUGGGUGUUGCUUUAAACCUUCCCUACUCAGCCCUCUGUACACUUCAAACCCCUCUCUCAGGGCUGAACCAGUCAUUCCAAAGUAUAUUUCCUCCCUUUCUCCACUGCCGGCCUUGGGUCCCUUCUGAUCCCAUGCACAACUUUAAACUCUCCCUAAAGACCAAAGGGAAUUGGGGGGACACAGGUGUCCUGUUAGAUUCAAAGGCACAGAGAUUAUAUUGAUUAUAAAGCAAGUUUAUUUCUGCAGA